CAACAACAACAACAGAGAAAAGCAAUCAUUGCCUCAUGAAACAACAACAACAAACAAUUGUAAAUCGAUAAACAAGAUUGUUUGUGAUGCAUAUAAAUCUUGUGGAUUUGGUUGUUUUGUACACCAUAUGGCCUAUUGUUUGAUUGCUGCAUUGGCAUUGAACAGGACACUAAUUCUAUAUCCAAGCAUAGAAAAUUUUGGCUUUAGUGAUGAAAUUAGUUCAUCAAGUAAAAACAACCACUAUUACCAACGAUUAUUCAAGUCAUUCAAAUCGAUCAAUUCAAUUUGUGAUAUUAAUAGUAGUGACGGUGGUGGUGUUGGUGGUGAUGGUGGACCACAACAACAAAAAUCACCAUCAAAUGAUUGGAUGUCGAAUGCAGUAAACAUUAAUGAUGUAAUCAAUCACAAACAAAAUCAGAAACUAAAAACAAUUGAUAGAAACAAUAAUAAUGAUGAUGAUGAUGACGAUGACGAUGACAACAUUGAAUUGAUCUAUUUACCCAUAAUUGAAAAUUUAGACAAUCGUGCAAAGUUUCGUCCAAUGGCUAUACCAGAACAAUUACGUAAACAUCUGGAACAAUUGACUCGUAUGCCUUUUGUUGUAUUUUUAGGUUCAAUUAUAAGUUAUAUAAUGCGUUUGAAUGAUGAAUUUGAACGAAAAUUCCUUCAAUAUCGUCAACGAAUUAAAUUCCGUAUUAAUGGUGACAAUGAUGAUGAUGAAAUAUUUAUCGGAAUACAUGUACGUCGUACAGAUAAAUUAUUCGGUGAAGGUGAAUAUUAUCCAUUAAGUGAUUAUAUGAAAAUUGUUCAAAGAAUUUAUGACCGUAUCGAUAUACAAGAUGCUAUGAUGAUGAUGGAAAAAAUAAAAAAUUAAAAACGUGAACGUAAAAUUUAUCUAGCCACUGAUGAUAUUACCGUUUGGCAAAAUGAAGUACCACAAUAUAUAAAACAGGGUUAUCGAUUUUAUGGUGAUUCACAGAUAACUAAAUCUGCAUCACCAGGUCAACGUAAUACAGCCGAAUCAUUCGAUGGUUUCAUUAUGGAUGUAUUAUCAUUAAGCUAUACUGAUUAUCUAGUCUGUACAUUUAGUUCACAAGUUUGUCGAUUAGCAUAUGAAUUGAUGCAAGUACAACGAACAAAUGGUCGUGAUAUGUCCACAAAUUUUUAUUCACUUGAUGAUGUCUAUUAUUUUGGUGGUCAGAUUUCACAUCGACUUGAAUCGAUAAUGGCCAAUCAUCAUCCACCACCAUACGUUCAUAAUGGCAAUAAUGAUAAGAUCAACAAUAGCCAAAAACAACAUAAAUUCAAUGUUGGUGACAGUUUAGGUAUUGAAAAAAAUUUACAUAAUGGCUAUUAUUUAGGUGAUCUUUAUGAAACAAAAAUCCAACGACUAUUAGAUCGUUCACUUGCAUAUCCAAUAUUCAAAGUGAUUGAAAAAAUUGAUUCAACAUCAUUUAAAGCUUUUGAAUAA